CUAACACAUGCACCUAAUCUAUUUUCAACCAACAUUCCUUGUGUCUUGGCACUGAUAGCGUUCAUCUAUCUAUUCUGUACAGCUAUAUAUGUCCACCAAAAAUAUACACAAGACUCACAGCACCAUUAAUUAUUUUCGCAAACAUAAAUUCUCCAAUCAUCUAAAAGGUACUAAAAAAACCUUAUCAUAGAACUCCUCCUAUCAUUCAAUACUCAACCAACGGUACAAGAAAUGAACCACCCAUCAUCAGUAUCUCUCACAGUUUUCUCACUUCUACUAUUUAUCUCUCAUAAUGGUGCUGCAGCUGAAGACAUAACUGUUGAAACAUGUAGAAAAUCAGCUGAAAGUAGUCCGAACUUGAAUUUCACAUCCUGUGUAAACUCACUGCAAUCGGAUCCAAGGAGUUCAACAGCAAAUCUUCAACAACUUGGUAUAAUAUCAAUGGAAUUAAGUUUAACGAAUGCAACAUAUAUUAAUUCAUACAUAAAGAAGUUAUUAAACGAUAAAGAUUUAGAUGAUUUUACAAGAAUUGAGAAAUACCUGAGAGAUUGUUCAGAGCUUUAUGGUGAUGCGAUUUCAAAUAUUGAAGAAGCUGUAAAGGCUUUCGAUGCUUAUGAUUCUUUCUCGGCGAAUAUUAAGAUGAGCGCAGCAAUGGAUUCUUCAACUACUUGUGAAGAUGGGUUUAAAGACAAUGAUAAUAAUCAAGAUUAUUCGGCUGUUUCUCCAUUAGUGAGAGAAAAUUAUGAUUUCUUUCAGUUGACUGCUGUUUCUCUUGCUAUUACAAAUUUAGUUCGUCAUUCAAUUCUAUUGUCCAUGUAAUUUCUGGAGAGGCAACAGACAUCAGUCGCAGUCAUUUUUCUUUUCUUUUUUUGUUCUUGUGGAUUGUUCACGUGGAUAUCUUUAUGUAAGUAAUAUGUUAGCUUUCUGUUUUUGUUAUCAUUUUUCAUGAAAUGUGUGGUCGUGGAAUUGUGAAGUACAGUACGGAUCAUAUAAAAGUUUGUUCCAACGUUAAAUAUAUCCUGUUCGAUUUUCUAA